UCCAGCCUUAGACCAACCGCAGGACCUUAUCAAAGAGGGUCAAAGUUCUCUGGACUCUUAAACAAAGGAUUCUCUGUUUCAGAUUUGCAGAUUAUUAUUAUUAUUAUUAUUAUUAUUUUUUAAAAUCCAGUCAAUUCCCUAUCUCCUUGAAAAAGUGGCUUUCCUCAUUCCUGUUUAAGGGGAAGAAGAGAGCAUCCGUUUUUAAAGAUGCUUUGCACCUUUUCCCUCUGAAUUGGUGAAGCGUGUGAGAGGGAGGAGAGCGGAGAAGAAGCGGUACAGACACCUUCACAGGCUUCAGCAUUAUUAUUUUUUAAUUACUUUUAUUAUUACCAUUUUGACAGCAGAGGGCUCAUUGGAGAGAGAACCGGUCAGUUUUUUUUUUUUGAGUGAUGGCUGGGUGUUGUGUGUCGGCGGAGGAGAGAGAGAACCAGAGGAUCAACGAGGAGAUUGAGAAGCAGCUGCGGAGAGACAAGAAGGACUCGCGCAGGGAGCUGAAGCUGCUGCUGUUAGGUACUGGAGAGAGUGGAAAGAGCACCUUUAUCAAACAAAUGAGGAUUAUCCAUGGAGGAGGAUACACAGCUGAGGACAAGAAGAGCUAUGCCAAACUGGUCUACCAGAACAUUUACACAUCCAUGCAGACAAUGAUCAGAGCCAUGGAGGCACUCAGUAUUUCUUUUGCUGAUCCUCAGAACCAGAACAAUGCAAACUCAAUCCUGGAGGUGGAGGUGGAUAAGGUGGAAGAGUUAGAUCAAAACCUUGCGACUGCCAUCAAGAGUCUGUGGGAGGAUGCAGGGAUACAGGAGUGCUACGACCGACGCAGGGAGUACCAGCUGUCAGACUCCACCAAAUACUAUCUCAGUGACCUGGAGCGAAUUUCACAGCCCUCUUAUGUACCCGACCUUCAAGACAUCCUCAGAGUCCGAGUGCCAACUACAGGUAUCAUUGAAUACCCAUUUGACAUGGAGAAUGUCAUUUUCAGGAUGGUGGAUGUUGGCGGUCAGAGGUCAGAGAGGAGGAAGUGGAUCCACUGCUUUGAGAACGUCACCUCCAUCAUCUUCCUGGUGGCGCUCAGUGAGUACGACCAAGUCCUGGCUGAGUGCGACAAUGAGAACCGUAUGGAGGAGAGCAAGGCACUGUUCAAGACCAUCAUCACCUACCCCUGGUUCCAGCGCUCCUCCAUUAUACUUUUCCUCAACAAGACUGACAUUCUCCAAGAGAAGAUCAUGUACUCUCACAUAGCCAACUACUUCCCUGAAUUUACAGGACCUCAGCAGGACGCAACAGCAGCUCAAGAAUUCAUCCUGAAAAUGUACCAAGAACAGAACCCGGACAAAGACAAGACGCUGUACCCUCACUUCACCUGCGCCACAGACACAGAAAACAUCCGCUUCGUCUUUGUGGCCGUCAAAGACACCAUCCUCAGACACAAUCUGAAGGAGUUCAAUCUGGUGUAAAAAGCAGGAGGAGGAGGAGGAGAGGAGACAAAGAGAUACAGGAGGAUAGAGGGAAAGACAUGAGAGGAGCUAAAUAAAUAAACAACUUUUCAGGUUCAGAUAUUUCCAUUUCAAACAAGUCUCAGUGCAUGUGCCUGUACAAAUUUCACAAAGUUUUCUCUGUAUAUAUGCUGUGACAUGCUAUGAAUGAUACUUUCCUUUAUAAGUCAGAGGGUGAAAAUGAGUGGAAAGUUCUAUCAUAGAUCUAUCGUGUGGACUACUUAUUUUAUUAUUUCCUAGAGCCUAUUUCUGUGUAUUUUUGAGUAUUGUAAUUGAUAUACAGUGCGCUAGUUGAUAAGAGUUCUGUUUGGCCUUUUUCUUUGUGUGAUUUAAUCAUGUGUAGAAAUAGUUGUUUUUUUCUCCCUCUCUUCUAACACAGAGCCACCUGUGCCUGUUUUUGCCUGUAAGUGCCUUAUUUACUCACGACAGUCAGCAGAGCCACUGACCUGACCUUGUUUUAGAUGUAAAUAACCUGAGUAGUGGUUUGCCUUACUCAGCUGUUUCUUCUCAGGAGAGAUAGAAAUUAUAUUUAUGUAAUUUAUCAAUAAGCAAUUGUAGUUAUGUAAUAAAGAGUGCAAUUUGCAUGUCUGAGAAAUAAAGGAAGAGUGCACUAACGUUUGAAACACA